GGUUUAACAAUCCCAAGAUCAUAUUGUGGCAGCUAUGGCUAUCAGACUGUGUACCAGCUUUCAGAUGAGGAUAUUUAAGAAAGGGGGUUUAUUGGCUGAAUGGAAGCAUGGGGGUCUAAUCAGACUCUUCUCCCAAACUUUAGCUGCCAGCCAGUCAGCUACACAUACAUCCACUGAUAUAUACACCCAGGAGCACCAGGCAAUAAGAGAAACUCUAAGAAAGAUUAUUGACACUGAAAUCAACCCCUAUGUGGACAAAUGGGAGGAGGCUGAACAAUUCCCAGCUCAUCAUAUCUUUAAAAUACUUGGCAAAGCUGGUAUUUUAGGAGUAAAUCAUCCAACAGAAUAUGGCGGAUCUGGUUUGGACUUCUCCUAUAGCAUUGCAGUAGCUGAAGAACUUGGAAACAUAAAUUGUGGUGGGGUUCCUAUGAGUAUUGGAGUUCAAUCUAGUAUGGCUACACCUGCUCUUGCAAGGUUUGGCAGUGAUGAAUUGAAACGUCAGUUCCUUGCACCAACAACAGCGGGAGAUGUAGUUGCCUGUCUGGGAGUCAGUGAAGCAGGAGCUGGAUCUGACGUGGCAAAUAUAAAAACCAGUGCUGUUAAAAAGGGUGAUGAUUAUGUCAUCAAUGGAAGUAAGAUGUGGAUAACGAACGGUUGCCAAGCUGACUGGAUGUGUUUGCUAACGAACACAAGUGCAGGACCGCCUCAUAAAAAUAAAUCACUUAUAUGUUUACCCAUGAAAACGCCUGGUGUUCACAUUACCAAAAAAAUAAAGAAAAUUGGAAUGAAAUCCUCCGACACAGCUCAGAUAUUUUUUGAAGAUGUCAGAGUUCCAAGUAAAUAUUUGAUCGGAGAGGAAGGAAUGGGCUUUAUAUAUCAAAUGUUGCAAUUCCAAGAGGAACGCAUGUGGGGUGUAGCUAGUGUUCUUUCUACAAUGGAGAACAUUAUACAAGAGACCAUCAACUACACAAGUCAAAGAAAAAUCUUCAACCAACCCUUGUUAAACAACCAGGUUGUCCAUUUUCGCUUAGCAGAACUGGCUACUGAGGUUGAGUUGCUUCGAUCAAUGUUGUACCGUACAGUAGGUUUGUAUGUUGAAGGUAAUGAUGUCACCAAACUUGCUUCUAUGGCCAAAUUAAAAGCUGGUCGUCUUGUAAGAGAGCUUAGCGACGGUUGCCUUCAGUACUGGGGAGGAAUGGGCUUCACUGAUGAAGUCCUUGUAAGCAGAUUUUACAGAGAUUCAAGACUACUUUCAAUAGGAGCUGGAGCGGAUGAAGUCAUGCUUGCAAUCAUAUGCAAAUAUAUGGGAACUCUUCCAAAUAAAAAAUAAAUCCCUCUAAUAAUGUUAAAGUCCAAACUGAAAAGUUAAAAGAUCAUCUUUAUCAAAUUAACAAAAUUGUAUAACACAAAAAGUCAAUACAAAUUUUAUUAGAAUGCUCUAAAAUCUGAGCAUGUCAACAAAAUAAGAUGUUUAUUUUAAUCCCUAUGCCUUGAUAUUGUAAUAUUGUUUUCAUAAAAUGUCUGUGAAUUAGGCAUGACUCAUAUUUCUAGGUGGCCAAGCAACAGCGUUGCAGGACAAACUAUUGUUUUUGUUCAAAUUUUUGCUUGUAGUUUUAUUAUAACCCACUUAUUAAAAUUCCUAUAAAAACCAAACCAUUAAUAAAUAACUCUUAAAACGACUUGUAAUGGUAGAGACGUAUGAUACGCUAUAUCCUUUGCCAAAACAAGGCUAUAGGUACACCUCUUGGUCAUCUUGAGUUUGGUGAUCAAUUUUUUGCUUAGCCACCUAUAUCACAUGGUUUUACAGUAAUUUUAUUGUUUGCGUCUAAUUUUGCACAAUAUUAAAAUAAAUAAAUUAUUCUACUGGA